AUGCUAAGUCUCAUCCACUCCGUCCAUGCCGUCAACUUCAUCAGGUCCUCCUCGUUGUUGACGUGUAUGGACAACUCCCAGUUCACAGCCUCCCAUUUCGACGUCAAGUACUACCCCAAUAACCACACUGUCUACUUCGACGUCAUGGCGUUCUCGCAGAUCGACGGAAACGUCACUGCCACCGUCAACUUGAUUGCGUACGGUAUCAACGCCUUCACCAAGAAGGUGUCGUUCUGUAGCUUGGGCUUCGGCUCCAUCUGUCCCUUGCAAACAGGCCGUAUGGAGUUGAACUCCAACUACGAAUUGGGGCCCUCCAUCUACAAGCAGAUCCCCUCGGUGGCCUUCACUAUUCCUGACUUGGACGCCAGAGUCCAAAUUACCCUUGUUAACGACGACACGGGAGAUACCGUGGCCUGUGUCCAGGCUGCCUUGACCAACGGUAAGACAGUGCAGACCAAGUACGCUGCCUGGCCCAUUGCUGCCAUCUCCGGUUUGGGUGUCAUCACCUCGGGUGUGGUUUCCGUGAUUGGUCACUCCAACACCGCUGCCCACAUCGCCUCCAACUCCAUGUCCUUGUUUAUCUACUUCCAGUCCUUAGCCAUCACCUCCAUGAUGGCUGUGGCCAAGGUCCCACCUAUCGCUGCUGCCUGGGCCCAGAACUUCGUCUGGUCUCUUGGUAUCGUGAGAGUGGCCUUCGUGCAAGAUAUUGCCAACUGGUACAUCCAAGCUACUGGUGGUACCCCAACCGAUGUUAUACAUGCCACCUAUUUGUCUGUCUCGGUUCAAAAGAAGGUCAAGAGAGCCCUCGACUAUGUCAGUGAAUUGGCUCCAGUUUCAAACUCCUUGUCUUUGGGUAAGAGAGCUUCCAUUAGUCUUGACUCUGACAACUUCGGUUAUGCUGACCAAAUGAACUCAACCUUGUACACCGUCGAUGAAAAGGAUUCCCACUUGGGUACAAAGAUCUUGGUCUUGAGAGGUAUUCAAAGAGUCUCGUAUUUGGCUGGUAUCGAGAUUACCAGUUUGUUCAUGACUACCAUCAUCUUCUUGCUUUUCUUUGCGUUUGUUAUGGUCGUUUGUUUGACCAUGUUCAAGGCCAUCAUCGAAAUUUUGAUCCGUUCAAAGAUCAUGAAUGAAGGAAAGUUCAACGAGUACAGACAACAAUGGUCCCAAAUUGUCAAGGGUGCCUUAUACAGAUUGUUGAUGAUUGCGUUCCCACAAUUGGCUGUCAUGUGUCUUUGGCAAUUGACUGAAAGAGACUCUGUGGCAACCGUUAUCAUUGCAGUUUUCUUGCUUAUCAUCUCGAUUAUAUUGUUGUUCCAAGCUGCUAUAAGAGUUUUCUUAAUGGGUAGAAAGUCAAUUAGACAAUUCAAGAACCCUGCUUACUUGUUGUUUGGUGAUGGAACUUUCCUCAACAAAUUUGGAUUUGUUUACGUCCAAUUCAGAGCUGACUGUUACUACUUUAUUUUAAUUUCCUUGAUUUACAUCUUUGCAAAGUCCUUAUUCGUUGCUGUCUUACAACAUCAUGGUAAGGUUCAAUCUAUUAUUGUGUUUGUGAUUGAAUUGUUUUAUCUUGUUGCUGUUUGUUUCUUCAGACCUUUCAUGGACAGAAGAACUAAUGCCUUCAACAUUACUAUUGCUGUGAUUAAUACCAUCAAUGCUUUGUUCUACAUGUUCUUCUCUUAUGUUUUUAGACAGCCACAUAUCGUCGCUUCAGUUAUGGCCGUCGUUUACUUCAUUUUGAAUGCAGUCUUUGCAUUGUUCUUGUUGAUUUUCACCAUUGUCACAUGUGUGCUUGCUUUGCUUUACAAGAACCCAGAUACUAGAUACCAACCAAUGAAGGAUGACAGAGUUUCCUUCUUGCCAAGAUUUGACAAUCCAAACCAACCCGGUAAAAAGAAUGUUAACGGUGAUGACAUGGAGUUAAUGGCAUUAGGGGCUACCGCUAUGAAGGGACAUGAACAUGGUGCUAAGCCAGGCAUCUACGAUGAAGAUGAAUCAGUUUAUGAUGACGCAUCUAUGUUCAACCGUAAGAACAAUAGCAAGUCGAGUGAGAAUUCAGAUGCCGAUGUCAAGAGAGACUCGUACUACUUGGAGUCUAUCGAGCCAACACAGCCAUCUUCAACUAUCGUUGGUGAUCCAUCUAAUGCCAUGAGUGGUUACAGUGGUUCUAGCUAUGGAAGCUAUGGUAACAGUAACUACAGCCAUCACACCGCUUCAAGCAGAAAUCCUAACCAACAGCAGAAUCACGCUGGUUACCCUCAAAAGGAUGCUUUCCAUGGUAACUACAUAUGA